AUGAAGAGCCGCUUCCCCCAUCUGAGCGAGAAUUACUUUAUCACCACCGAUGCCAUUGGAGCCAUGGCCACUGCUACCAACACCGAUCUCCAUAAGAAGGUCUUCAUUUUCCCGGCAGCUACUAACAAGGCCUUCGUGCGUCUGAACUCCACCCUUCAGCAUCCCCUGACCGACCUCACCGUCUGCCUGCGAUAUCACUCCCCGCUUUUCUCUUCCUUUCCCCUCUUCUCUUAUGCCACCCGCUCCAAGGACAACGAUUUCCUGAUUUUUAAGCCCGACGACAAGAAGUAUUCCGUUUACCUGGGCGGAGACAAGCUGGAUUUCACAGUCCCCGUGAGGACAAUUCCUGCUUGGGAGCACAUCUGUGUCUCCUGGAACACCUGGGAUGGGCUGGUCCAUUUUUGGCGCAAUGGGGAACUUCUCCCUCGCGUGGGAAUGAGGAAGGGGUACAGGAUCAGCCACGAGGCAUCCAUUAUUCUGGGGCAGGAGCAGGAUGAAUUCGGAGGGGGUUUCGACAUCCGCCAAUGCUUUAUGGGCGAAAUGACGGAGGUCAACAUGUGGUCCCGGGUGCUGACCACGGAUGAGAUCCAAUUGGUCAUGAGGGAGGAGCCAGUGCCUGACAACCUGAUCAACUGGAGAUCUCUCCAUUACACCGCUCAGGAUUACGUGCUGGUUACAAACACCAGGCCUUAA